AUGGCGACAAGCGACAACACACCAUCUCGCCGGGACGAGUCAUCCGACUCAGACGACAGCGACACCGGCAGCGAUAACGGAAGCGAGUCCGGGAGCCAGACGCAGCAGGUGGAAUGGCUGGCGACCGGCCGCGCGAAGCGGUCCACCGCCGGCAACCGCAUGAAGUCCAUGCUCGCCAACGAGGAGCCUGCAGCUGAUGACUCCGAUCUGGAGCUUCUGUUCGCCGAGGACGAAGAUGACGCCGGAUUCACGGACGCCGACAAGGAUGACGCGUCGGAUGUUCAGAUGGACUCUUCUUCCGACGAUGAGGAUGAGAACGCCGCCGCUGCGGACGAUGACGAGGGCGAGAAGGAGCUCCAGCGCCAGGCGAAAGAGAAGAAGGCGGCGAUGAGAAAACGAAAGGCCCAAGAGGCGAUACCCAUCAAGUUCAGGAAGAAGGUCAGGAUAAGCCAACCAGCCGCUGGACCGAGCGCGACGACUGCACCGCCGCCCCGGCCCAAGAAGAAGUCAGAAAGGGCGAGCUGGCUUCCAUCACCUGCAGACCUCCCGACACGGUCGUCCGAGCGACAGACGACGAGAAUGAGCAAAGAGCAGCUCCAUCAGCAAAUGAUCGAGCGGGAGAUCAAACGCAAGAAGCAGGUGGAGAUAAUGGAGAAGAAGGCCAAAAAGUUAGAGGCCCUUAAGAAACCUCCAAUGACACAAGCCGAGCGUCUUAAAGAGGCCGCUUCCGUGGAAAAGAGGAACUCGAAGAGCUUAAACAGAUGGGAGGAGGCAGAGAAGCAACGAGAAGAGGAGCGGAAGGCCAAGCUGGCGGCCUUGAACAAUCGCCGUUUGGAGGGGCCGGUUGUGACGUUCUGGAGUGGUAUCGUUGAUCUAAGCGAAACCCAGCUGAAGAAUGUUGGAAAGAUGGUAUCCAUGGAGGACAAGCCUAGAAAGAAGAGGCAAUCCGCCGCCGCUGCGAAGGCGGACGCGGAAGCCAAGGCUUCAGAACAGACAACGCCAGUGCCAACGACGACACCACAAGAGACGCAUGGCCUCGGAGCCGGCUGCGUCAGCGCCGCCGGUUCCAAGCGUUGCUCCUGA